AUGCCUGCCGACAGGCUCCUCAACACGGUACUGCAGUACUACCAAGACGUCCACGAUGGCCCCAAGACGGACCAGAUCAUCGGCACCACAACGCACCUCUUGACGCAGCUGUCCAACCCGCUCAACCUCGGCGUCCUCACGUCGCAGCUGCUCACCGCACCCGCCAUCUGGCACCGCCAGGAUGGUCCGCGGACGGCGAUGCGCAUCAUCGGCAUCUACCACACCGCCGCCGUGCGUGUCCACGAGAACGAGAUCGAGCACGACAAGCACCGGCGGACACCGGCGCUGCCUCCGCCGCAGAGAGAAGGCGGCGGGCUGCGAUGCGACGAGUGGACGCGCGCCGUCGUCAAGGGCGCAGACGACCGCUCGAGGAGGUGGCAGCACCUGCUCGUCCUGACGGGCGUGCUGAUGGGCAUGGAGGGCAACGACCGCCGCGCCCUGUCGCGAGGGCUGCGCAACACUCUCGAGCAGGCCGUCGUGACCGCGGCCAACCUCGCCCUCGAGCACAACGUCGAGGAUGGGCUCCUGGCUGCCGCGUCCAUCGUCACGGCCCUCAACUUUGCCUUCCCCUUGCUCUCCGACCACUACAAGGCGCAAAUCAACUGCAGCGCGUUGCUGCCAAUGACGAUAUGGGCCGUCACGGGCGAGGAAGGCUUCUGCGAUGGCGAGUUCCUCAAGGCCAUCGCGCGGGACACUACUGUCAAUGCAGCGCAUGCGCUUCACUGGCCAGCGAACGCCCCGUCGUGCCAGCUGCUGCAGGACAUGGACAAGCAGCCGCUCAUGGCCAACAUGGGGCCGCUGUCCAAGCUGGCCGGCUUCGCGGUCGAACACGCGCACGAUACCGCGGCGGUGCUGCACGCACAGGAUGCCCUGAUCGUGUUCACCGAGAGAGUCCUCGACAACUGGCAAAAGACGGCCCUGAGCAGCAUCGACCCUUCCUUCGAAGAAACAUACCUUACGCCAGAGACGCGGCAACUGACCUGGCCGAUGCUGUGGCAGACGCUUCGCAAGCUCCUCUUUGGCGCCGUGGCCGUACUCCAGACCAUCGUCUCCCGCAGCUUGCUGGACCCCAACAUGCUCACCCACGGAAUGGGUCCAAGCAUUGCUGCCAAGUCGCUCCACAUCCUCCGAAACCUGAGCUUCAUCUCAUCCCGCCAUGGCAACAGCUCCUUCCAAGUUUACACCUUUUCCUACCUGACGUCCAUCGACGUUCUUACCAGAGAUCCUGUCGUCUGCGACGGGUUCUUGAGAGAGCUGCGGCCGGCGGACGUGGCCCCGAUACCCAUGACGCACCUCCAAAGGACCCUGGACCUUUUCUACCUAAACGUCGCCGAGCACCUGCCGCUCACGCUGUCUGUGGACUCGUGCGAGAACCUCAUUGUCAAGCCGGCAAUGACGUACUUGUCCCACGAGGGUCCCAUGUCACCCUCGAUGAUCGAGCUAUUUGAGUCGGCGCACAGCGCGAUACUCUCCGUCCUGUCGUGUCCGCAGCACAGCCCCCUCACCAUCAAGCUCACGCCCUUCUACAUCGUCAAACUCUUCGAGUCCUUUCCUCAUCAAAUCUCCCCCCGCCAAUUCCGGGUCGCCUUCAAGACCGUCAUGGAGAUUGUCUCGCCGCCCUUCCCCAUCGCGGCGAUGGAACCGCAACUGUCCGAGACGCUGCUCGAGAUGCUGCGGUCCAGUCUGCCGACAGCUUCCACAGCACCCCUCCCGCCGACGCCCGACACGCUGUCACGAAACGGCGAGGCAGCAGAGGAUGAGGUGCCGCUGUCAGCGCAGAGCGCGCUCGUCAUGACCCUCAUCGACUCGCUGCCCUUCUUGCCUCUACCGCUGGUGGAGGAGUGGCUCGCCAUCACGGCGCAGGCCAUGAACGAGAUCGCAGACCCGCGUCUCCGAGCUCCCGUCAAGGAUCGGUUCUGGGACGUGCUCGUCAACGGCGAGAUGGACGUCGAGCGGUCCACGAUUGGCGUGGCCUGGUGGGGAACCAAGGGAGGGAGGGAGCUGGUCCUGUUUGGCGGCCGCGGUGAGGCGCCCAUGAUGAGCGGUGCGCUGUUGAGCGAGGGUGACAAGUCGAGCCGGCUGUGA